GUUAAUAUACUUGAAAAUCAAAUCUCACUCUCUAGCUAUAUCCGACGAUGUCCGGUCCCGACUACCUCAUAUUUAUAAGCACCUUUGUCUACCUGAUAAGUGAUGUUAAAUACCUCAAUUGAACUACAAACAUAUCGUAAAAUCUAGUAAAAUCUUGUAACCACCUAGGAGCUACCUCUAAAAUGGCAUCGUCUUCGGUAGAGCCAAACGACCUUUUUGGCGUGAAGGGACUAGUUGUUGUUAUUACUGGAGGAGGGACCGGCAUUGGCCUGAUGAUGACAAAGGCUCUGGAGAGUAAUGGUGCGAUCGUUUAUAUCAUCGGCCGCAAUCAAGAAGUACUGGACAAGGCCGCAGGUACUGCUCGGCACGGGAAUAUCCGCACGAUCCAAGGUGAUGUAACCAACAAGGCUGACCUCGAGCGGGCCGUUGCGGAGAUCAAAUCAGCAGUGGGCUAUGUCAAUGUCGUUAUUGCGAACUCGGGCAGAUCAGGCCCCAAUGCUCGAGAGAUGCUUUCCGAAAACAAUAUUUCCAAGUUUCGGGAUCUACUACUUGGAUUAGAUACCACGGAAUUCACCAACACGUACGCUGUGAACACUACGGGAGUGUUUAACACCGUGGUAGCAUUCUUAGAAUUGCUUGAUGCAGGAAACAAGUGCGGUUUAAAACAGAGAAGCCAGGUUAUUGCAACAGCCAGUAUUGGUGCUUAUGUGCGGACUCCCGUCGCUGGAUACGCAUAUGGACCAUCCAAGGCGGCUGUUGUCCAGAUGAUGAAGCAAUUCGCAACCAGUCUCGUGCCAUUCAACAUUCGAUCCAACAUCUUGGCUCCAGGGUUUUUCCCUAGCGACAUGACAACAGGAGUACAAACCCUGGUACAGGACAAAAAGUUCGUUCCCGAACAACGAUACGGGGACUCGGAAGACAUGGCCGGCGCGAUCAUGUUCUUGGUAAGCAGGGCUGGCGCCUACCUCAACGGGAAUGUAAUUGUAAACGAUGGUGGUCGUCUUGGAAUUGUGCCGUCUAGUUAUUAGUAGGCCAUAGAGUCAGGAUGGAUAUUCCUAGUUGUCAUCAAUAAGAAUCUCGAUUAGGUACCUAUCUCGAUUAUCUGAGGCUGUAAUAGUAAUAUUUUCAAUUCAGCCCA